GAGAUUUUUUUUUUUUAAUGCUAUUCUGUGUAUUUUACCCUCCAGGCAGCCAUUAAACGAAGCGGAUGCUCUGAGUAGAUCUUUAAAAAGCCUCAAUUAGAGAGUACUCUGUCACUUCGCCCCCCUGUGUGUUUUUUAAACCUUUUGCCUGAUAAAUUGACAUUAAUCAUGGUGCCCCAAACUCUUCGCCUGCUCUGUGCCGAUUGCAAAAUGACUUUGGCUUCUGGAAAUCGGAUAAUCACCAGCAUCAUGAUCUUAUUUCUGAGCUUUGAACUUUUUUUUGAUGCUCUGCAGCAUUUCUAAUGGCCACUAAGAUGCUAUAAUGCUUGUUUUUGCCCUCAUCUUUGAGGAUAUGUAGUCACUCUGAGUUUCUCAGCCCUUUCAUCUCCGUGACUUUCUGUUUCUGGACAAACGAAGCCCAUAGUCAAUCCUCACCAGAGUCCUCGCUGGUCCCUCCCUCCCCCCAACUCAUCAGGGCUGGUGGGGGGGGUGGAUCUCGGCCCCACGGGGUCAAAACUGUGGCUGGUGGUGGACUUACCCCCCGUGGAAGGGCUCCCACCAUGGAGACCAGCCCGGAGAGCCCGAACCGGGCCGUGGAGUACCUCCUGGAGCUCAACAACAUCAUCGAGAGCCAGGCCAAGCUCCUGGAGACGCAGCGCAGGCGCAUCGAGGAGCUGGAGGGCCAGCUGGACCGCGUCAGCCAAGAGAACCAGGACCUGAGGCAGGAGCGCAGGCCGCGCACGCCGGGGUCGGACGCCCCCGAGCAGAACCACAACCACAGCCAGCCCCUGUCCCUCCCCAUCCAUCACGGAGGAGGCGCCGGGGGAGGCGGCGGUGGCGGCGGCGGCAGCGGGAAUGGUAGCACCUCAACGUCUCAGGCAACGGCUGGAACCACCACGACUCCGGGGCCCAGCCGGGACCGGAGAGCCCACACCAGGCUGACCCGAGGCCUCUCCUGUGGCUCCUCCACCACGGAGCGAGACCGGCUGGAGCGCACUGACAGCACAGACACCAACACCAGUACCACCUUACGCCGAAAUGUGGAAGGGGAAUCCCCGUGUCCGGAGAGCGGCGCCCACAAAGACAGCCCCUUCAGCCAGUCGCCUUACCUCCGCGGCUCCGAGCGCUACACUGACAGCAGCGGCAGCGCGGCCCCCGGCUCCAGGGGCCCCUCGUGUGUGGCGGCCUCCAGCUCCGCCAGCUUGGCCUGGGCCCUGCGGACGCGCCACCAACCCGCAAGCCUGGCCCUCCGCAAGCAAGAGGAAGAGGAAAACAAGAGAUGCAAAGCCCUCUCAGACAGCUAUGAGCUGUCGACGGACCUGCAGGAUAAGAAGGUGGAGAUGUUGGAGAGGAAGUAUGGAGGCUCUUUUGUAAGUCGAAGGGCAGCGAGGACCAUUCAGACGGCCUUCAGACAGUAUCGCAUGAACAAGAACUUCGAGCGCCUCCGAAGCUCCGCGUCCGAGAGCCGCAUGACCAGACGCAUCAUCCUGUCCAACAUGAGGCUGCAGUACUCCUUCGACGAGCGACAGCCUCAGCAGCAGGCCCAGACACAGACCAACUUCACCCACAGCGUGGCCAUCGGGCCGCCUCACUCCCCCGACGUAGACCGCGCAGGAGACUACACCCACCUGGAGGACUCCUUCUCCAAACAGGUUAAGUCCUUAGCUGACUCCAUCGACGACGCCCUCACCUGCCGCGCCGUUCGCGAUGACUCCCAGGAGGGCAGCAGGGAGGGCGGAGGGAUUAGCGAGGACUUCGGGGAGUGUGUGUGGAGCAGCAGCAGCAACCCCUCGUCUCAGCGGGGGCUGGGAGAGCGAGGCCGGGGCGCCGGAGGGGGACUCAGCAUGCACGGUGACAGCACAGCCACCUCGUACAGCGACGUCACCCUGUACAUGGACGACGGCAUGCCGUCUUCCCCGCUGUCCCUCGACCGGGCCCCCAGCAGCACAGACACAGAGUACUGGGGCCCCGGCGGCGGCGUGGGAGGACGCGAGGACAGCCGGGACACGGAGGGAGGAGGCAGCAGUAACAGUCGGCGCAGCACCCCGUGCACAGAGUGCAGGGACUACCGUCUCAGGGGCGCACACCUGCCGCUCCUCACCAUCGAGCCGCCCAGCGACAGCUCAGUGGACAUGAGCGACCGAUCGGACCGCGGCUCUCUGACUCGGCAGCUGGUCUACGAGCAGGACUCCGGGGUAGGCGCAGGCUCCCCUCAGGGAACCCUCAAACACUCCCCCAACACCGGCACCCGCCCGUCGUCCACGGGGACGGCCCAGGGUCAGACCCGGGCCCCCGGCAGACCCCUGCCCACGCACAUCCCGCACCAAGUGGCAGCUCACCACCACCAUCACCACCACCCCAUCCACCACCACCAGUACCCCGACACGCCCUCGUCCUCCUCCUCGCCGCAGCAGCCCCCCACCACCCCGCUGUCCUCCUCGUCCUCCACCGCCCUGCCGCCCGGCGGCCUGGAGCAGCCGUGCUGCUCCGACGGCGACAACGACUCCCUCAACUCCACCACCAACUCCAACGAGACGGUCAACUGCAGCUCGGGCUCCUCGUCUCAGGACAGCCUGCGGGAGCCGCUGCCCCCCCUGGGAAAGCAGACCUACCAGAGGGAGUGCCGUCACAGCUGGGACUCGCCGCCGUUCAACAGCGACGUGGUCCAGCGGCGCCAGUACCGAAUUGGCCUCAAUCUUUUCAACAAGAAGCCAGAGAAAGGGAUCCAGUACCUGAUAGAGAGAGGUUUUGUGUCAGACACUCCUGUUGGAAUUGCUCGCUUCAUCUUGGAGAGAAAGGGCCUCAGCAGGCAGAUGAUUGGCGAGUUUCUGGGAAACCGGCAAAAACAAUUCAACAAAGAUGUAUUAGACUGCGUGGUGGAUGAGAUGGACUUCUCGGGUAUGGACCUGGACGACGCUCUGAGGAAGUUCCAGGCUCAGAUCAAAGUUCAAGGAGAAGCCCAGAAAGUGGAGCGGCUCAUUGAGGCGUUCAGUCAGAGGUAUUGUGUGUGUAAUCCAACCCUGGUCCGGCAGUUCCAAAACCCUGACACCAUCUUCAUCUUGGCCUUCGCCAUCAUCCUCCUCAACACAGACAUGUACAGCCCCAACGUCAAAGCUGAGAGGAAGAUGAAACUGGAGGAUUUCAUCAAGAAUUUAAGAGGCGUGGACAAUGGACAGGAUAUACCCAGGGACCUGCUGGUUGGAAUCUACCAGCGAAUACAAAAAUGGGAGCUGCGGACCAAUGACGACCACGUGUCCCAAGUCCAGGCAGUGGAGAGAGUCAUUGUGGGCAAGAAACCGGUGCUGUCACUUCCCCAUCGUAGACUGGUGUGUUGUUGCCAGCUCUAUGAGGUGCCUGACCCCAACAGACCUCAGAGGACAGGAGUGCAUCAGCGGGAGGUUUUUCUCUUUAAUGACCUGCUGGUGGUGACCAAAAUCUUCCAGAAGAAGAAAACCUCAGUGACUUAUAGUUUCAGACAAUCGUUCCCUUUGGUUGAGAUGCAAGUGCACAUGUUUCAGAACUCAUACUAUCCUCAUGGCAUCCGCCUGACCUCAGCAGUGCUGGGCGGAGAGAGGAAAGUUCUUAUCGUCUUUAUGGCGCCCAGUCAGCAGGACCGCACCCGCUUUGUUAGCGACCUCAGGGAGAGCAUCGCUGAAGUGCAAGAGAUGGAGAAAUACAGAGUUGAAUCGGAGUUGGAGAAACAAAAAGGUGUUAUGCGCCCGAGCUUGCUCACUGGAGGUGUGGUUGGAGGAGGCGUAGGUGUGAAGAGCGAUGUUGUGAAUGGCACUCUGGGAAGGACGAGUUUUGACGACAACUGCUCAGUGGGUGAAGGCCUGAAACGCACGGCGCUCAGCUCAUCUCUCAGGGAUCUAUCGGAGACAGGGAAACGUGGUCGCAGGAACAGUGUUGGUUCUCUGGACAGUACGAUGGAACCUGACGAUGCUUUAUUCUCUCAGGGCUCCAUCAUUAGCAGCCCGCAACCUCAUCAGCGCUACCCGAUGCCAGGUGUGCUGCCUGGCUGCUACGGAACAGAAGACUUCCGGCCUCAUCGCCCCAUCCUGAGCCCCGGGUCGGGGGUGGGGGGUGGGCCGGGGCAGCAACAUACCACUGCUGGGACAGGAGUUGGGGGAGUCUCCAGCAGUGUAGAGAGAGCAGGAGCGGGGAGCGGCCCUGGGGGGAGCAGCAGCAACAACAGCGGCUCCUUCCUGGGUUCCCUAUUCGGCAGCAAACGCGCCAAACCACCGGGGCCCCUUAUUCCACCGGGGCCACCCUACCCCGCACCUGUCCCCCCACCGACUACGGGAGGACCCCCUCCUCUCUCCCCUUCAUCUCUAUGCCAGUUGGAGGGGGGUUCCUCCAAGAUCCAGGCGCUGCACGCACAGUACUGUCACGCGGGCACCGUGCAGCCGCCGCCACCGUACUACCAUCACCAUCGCUACCACGUCCAAAGUGUCCCGUCACCUUUGCAAGGAGUGCCCCCGCAUACCCUCCAGAGAGGCCCGCUGCCCUGUCGUCCGCCGGUUGGCCUGCCACACACUACGCACCCGCAGCUGGCCCAUCUCUCCCAGCUCUCCCAGCAUGGGCUUCCGGGUCGCUACGCCAACAUGGUGGUCGGAUGUCCCCCCCCCCUUUCUCCUCUCUCCCAACACUGCCCGAACCCCCCGUUCGCCCUCUACCACGCGCAGCCCACACACUCUAUCAGAGGGGGCGGCGGCCCUGGUACCAAGCCUCCCCUCACGUUGUCACACUCCCACCCCCACCCCCACGCACACUCCCAAACCCACCCCGGACACGUGCACACACCACACCCAGCCAGCCACUCCACCCACCAAACACACUUUAUAUUCGGCACGCUGCCCCACAACCUGCCGUCCGCUACCGUCAAUGCGCAUCACGCAGCGUCCGCCGGCCCGUAUCUGCCCCAGUACCCUCCUCUCUCCUCCAUCCCCCCUCCCCCACCACACUCCCCUUUACCCCCCCCUUCGUCCCCCCUUACCCCUCUUACACCUCUCUCCCCUCACCCCCCCCAGCACCCCGGGCAGCCUCAGCAGGGGCCGCAGGUGACAGGGGCUGGAGCGACAGGUACAGGGGGCAGCUCCAAAUCCAAGCCUAUCAACCGGAUAAGUACCGUGGUCUGACCCGGACGUGGAGCUCCCGGAUCCAGAGGUCAGACGACAGGUCGGAGGAGGUGGGCAGGGCCAGGCCGAGAACCAAGUCGGCCCGCACGGAGAGCAACAGCAGCGGCUUCAGCGACAAGAGGAAACGCAGCCUGCUUCGACUCUGCUACUUCCACCUCCGUUUCCCACAUAUGUAGGUGAGAAGGCAGACGCAGCCAGGGUUAGAGAGGAACUCUGAACCAACACACACACACACACACACACACACACAUACACACACACAAAACACCACAUGAAAGCACACAUACUCCACACGUCUCCAAACACAAUCAAAAAAGUUUAUAGCCAUAUAAGUCAAGACGAAACUAAAUAUAUAUCUAGGUAUAUUGCCUAAGUUUUAAUUGUCUGAAGUCUAGUUGAGUCCGUAUGAGACUAUUUACAUGUACAGUACCAAGAUGUGAAAACGUGACACUGGAACAACAGGAGACCGUCUCGUAUCCACCUGCUUACAUGGGAGUGUAAAUAAAGACUGAACCACCGAAUGCAUUCCAGCGGAGUUUGGCAUUGAAGAACAGCAGAACGUUGCAAAAAAAAAUGUCCCUUGACUUUGCAAUAAUUUUACUUCGCUUCAUGAUGUCUCCGUCUAUUCUUGCAGGUUGACGCUUUGCUGACAGACAUAUUUUUUUUCUAAAGAAAACCUCAGAUCUGUUGCUUCGUCUUAAAUUUCUUAAAACCAGUGCACGGUUUCCUGACAGUCUUUUGCUCAAUGGUCUUUUACAUGUCGACAGGACUCACCAGGCUUUGUAAUGCAUUCUUUGUGGGGUAUGGGAAUUAAUGACACAAAUAAUAAUAUAUUUUGAAUGUUUCUGAAGCUUCUCGCUGUUUUACUCGAUAUUAUGAUAUACCUGCUAUGAGUAUGAUGAAUAUUGUCUAAUAAUUGUUUUGAUCAGUGAUUAAUUAUCAGCAGAUGUUUGUACAUGGUUAUAGAGAGUAUAUGCACAUAGGAAUUCCCUCAGUUUGCCAUAACCACUUGAGGGUUUUCACAUAUGUGAAGUGUGAUUUAUUUUCAUAGUACCACGUUUUCCAUUUAGUUCAUCUUUUAAUAAAAACAAUUACUGUUGG